AUGACUGAAGAUACGUGGGAGACCGUGCAAAUACGCACCUUUGUCAACUGGGUAAACGCUAAACUACUUAAAGGUUCCGAUCGUUACAAAUUGGAAAAACCCGAGACCAUCUAUAAUUUCACGCCUAUCUCUAAUUUUCCCGCCGAUUUCCAAGAUGGCACCAGAUUACUUGCUCUUAUCUAUUCUUUAACCGGCUCUAUCUUUAAUUAUAACAAAAAACCAACUUUGAUUGUGCAAAAACGUGAUAAUUUAGAAAAAGUGAUUAAUUACCUGAAAAGGUGCAAUAUUGAAAUGAUUAAUAUUGGAGCGGCUGAUAUUCAAGAAGGAAGUAUUAAAUUAACUUUAGCUUUGCUUUGGCGCCUUAUUAUUGCUUUCUCUUUACAGGAACUUAAAGAAGAGAUAGGAAAUGAUAAGGAUUUAAGAGCCCGAAUCAUGCACUGGUGUAGGCGGAAGACUGAAAGAUACGGUAAAGUUAAUAUUGCUGAUUUUGAUAAGAGUUGGCGGGAUGGACUUGCUCUAUCUGCUCUUGUUCAUGCGGAUGUAGGUGGAUUUACUUAUGAUGAAGGUACGCCUGAGUAUUUAGCUACGCGGGCUCUGAAUUUAGCCCAGUCUAGUAUGGAUGUUCCUCUACUGAUUACUGGUCGCGAUUUAGUUAGUGGACUUUGUGAUGAUAAAUCACUCUUAACUUACUUACUGGGUUUAUAUACGGCUUCUAGACAACGGGAAACAAUGACUAAACGGGCUAAGGAGCAGAAAGUAGCUGCUCAGAUCCAGGAGAAUCUGGCGUUCUUAAGUACGCGACAGAAAGCAGUAGCUGAACUACUGGAGAGUGAUACAGUGAGUUUAGAAAGGGUUAAGAAGGAGUUGGAUGUGAUUUAUGCCCAAGUACGUAGUUGUGAAGAGGAAAGAAUGAGAUUAAGUUUAGGAUAUCUUAUUCAAACGGAUAUUUAUCAAAGACUAAGUAGUCCUUAUACUCCUUACUCUUCUGACCAAGUAUUUAGUACCUUAUCUAUUCUAUCUAAUAGUUUAUCUACUAUUAAAACUACUGGUAUAUUUGAUGCGGCUGCUUUACUGGAUACAUUAGGUCGGUGGCAAUUUAAGGAGGGUAAACAAGUAGUGGGUAAGUAUCAGGAAGUCUUGCAUAAGUGUGGGCAAAAACUAAGUCUACUAGUUAAGACAGUGACGUUUUCGGGUGUUGUUUGUUUAUUAGCUGAAGUGAGUGAAAUGGCUGAGUUAGCUUGUAAGCAGCCGAGUUUAGUAGUUGUCCCGGCGGAGUGCAAGUACGAACUCUUGGAACGAGAAGCUAUUAUUAAGGAUGCCCUAGGAGUAGUAGCUAGUGAAGUUAAGGAGGGUGAGAAACGGUUUAUGGACGUCUUUGCGGCUGAAUUAGCUAGGGAGAAGGAGCUUAACCAGCAAUUCUCAGCGGCGGAAACGGUUACUUUAGCUGUAAGUCAAAGUAUUCCUGAACCAUCAGCUAUGGACUUAAGUCUGUUUGAAACCAAAGCCAGGUACGAGUAUUUAGUAGCUCAAGCCUUGCUGCAGGAGAAGGAGGAGCCAUCAAGUUUACUUUCCUCUAUUUCCUUAAGCGGUAAAGAAUAA